AUGCGAUUGCCGGAAGGAUGUGGUGCGUUGUCGGGGAAGAUUGUGCAGUUGAACAAGAGCCUUUACGGUUUGAGGCAGUCGGCACAACUCUCUCCCGCAGAGACAACAGUGGUAUACGUGAGAGUUGAAGUCGCGUCCUCGAAGGGAGCAGUCGAGAGGGCGGGGGAAGCGCAGAAAGCGGCGAGCAGCGCUCCGCUCCCCUCAAUAGCUUCGAUUCCUCCAAAUCGCCUCUUUAGAAAUAGCCAGGUAGCUCGAUAUGUGUACUCUGGUCAACGACCAUAUAUCUCGUGUUGCACCGCUGCUCGCGUACAACGUAUCAUGCUGGAGGCGGACGAUGCGAUUGCGCGGCACGAGGAGGCUGCAACGGAGAAAGCAACAGGGCUACUUGCUUCAAGGACGUGCGAGGAAGCGGAAGGGAACGGCCACCUUGAGGUCCUUCAAUGGGCUAGAAACAAGGGAUGUCCCUGCUCAAGAUACGAUUGCCGAUACGCUGCACAAGGACACGAUGAUGUGUCUGCAUGGAUUAGCAAAGUUUAUGCCAACACCGAAACACGGGACAGUGCCACAGCAUAA